UCAUUUUGUGUUGUUUUUGCGUAAAACGUCAAAUUGGAGUGUGCUUGUUGGAAUAAUUUGAAUAAACCAUUAUUAACGGAGUGACAAAUAAUCGAGAAGUCAUUUCUGCAAAUCAUUUCAACGUAACAGAUAAAUUGAGUUGCCUUAAUCAUGCCAUUACAUAGAUAUACUCAUGCUAUUUUGUGUAGAAUCCCUCUUUCCCUGCGAACGAGAGGGGAGGUCACGCUUGACGAGGCUAGAAAGCAACAUUUAGCUUUAGCACAAUUAUUACGAGAACUUGAUAUUGACGUGGUUGAAAUGCCUCCAGACGAAAAUUCACCUCUAUGUGUUUUCGUUGAGGAUAUUGCGGUUAUUUGUAAUGGUAUUGCACUCAUCGCUCGACCAACUGAACCAUCUCGUCUAAAAGAGAUUGAUACUAUUAGAGCUGUAUUAAAAAAAGAAUUAGAAAUACCUUUAAUAGAAAUUGCAGACAAGAAUGCUCGUUUAGACGGAGGAGAUGUUUUAUUUACAGGCCGUGAAUUUUUUGUUGGCUUGUCACAUUUUACAAAUGAAGCAGGUGCACGAGCAGUUGCUGCAGCAUUUCCCGAAUAUCCUUGUGUACCUAUAAAGGUUGCAGAAUCCAAACGCUUGAAAUCAUUAGUUACCAUGGCUGGCCCUGAUGUUAUUUGUGUUGGUGCUGGCAAAGAAUGUCAGGAAGUGUUAAAGAGGAUCGAGCGAGAAGCAACAUACAGUUACCAGACUUUAACAGUACCUGAAGAUGCUGCUGCAAAUGUUCUCUAUGUCAAUGGAACUCUCAUUCAUCGAUCAGAGGAUGAAAUUCCUCAGUCAAGUAAGGUUUUUAUGGAAAAAGUAGAAUUUCCAACUAGAUCAUUACCUAUGUCUGAAUUAGCAAAAGUCAGUUCUGGUUUAUCUUCUUGUUGUUUAUUAGUACGCAGACCCAGACAUAUUCGCAGUAUUUAAAAAAAAAGAAAGAAAGAAAAAACCAGAAAAAAGUUAAUAACAUGAUAUAUAAUCUCAGUGAAAUACCCUGUAUUUUAACAAGUGAAAAGAAACUUUCUUUAAUGGGCUGAACACGUAUUAAUUUUAUUAAAGAAAGUGGAUCUAUCACUAUAGCUUUUAUAUCAUUUUGAUAUCUGGAUGUAUAAAUUUAACAAUUAUAAAAAAUUAAUAUAAUAUAUUUAAGUUUUAAAUAUAAAGAAAGAGCUAAUAUAUAUAUAUUGAUGUGUUUAAAGUAAAAAUACUAGUUUAUAUUCCUAAUAGAAUUAUUUUGUAUAUUUUUUUGCACUUGCCAUUGAGAUACUUCUACUACUUUCUAUUUUUCAAUUUUAUUACAAUAUUUAUACCAUUAUGUAAAAUCUUGUUAUAUCGUAGCAGUAUCAUGACAUUUACUCUUGUUAUUUUAAUUAUUAUAAUUUCUUAUUUGUAUUUUUUUUACGAAAUAGUUAUAUUCAUUUAAUAUUUCAUUUUGCAUUUAAAUGAUAUAAAAAACAGUAUUGUGGUAAUAAAUAUUGCACAAUGUUUUUAUUAUGCAUAAGGGGUUAGAAUAAAGACUCUUUUAAUAUUAUAAUAUUCGAGCAAAAUCAAACUUUUACAUUUGAUAUGAACUAGUAUUUUAUAUUCAGACAUUUUUCAGAAUAUUUAGGACAUUUAUAAAACAAAAUGGCUUUCUUUUUUCGACAAUAUUCUGACUCCCAUAAAUGCAUUUACAACUAGUCGUUAAAACGUGUUCACAAAUUAUGCAAUCAGAAACUCUAUACACUUAGUAAUAAAAGGUAUUCAUGAUAUUAUCAGCUAGAUUUAUAUACACAUCUUUUAAAAUAUACAAAGAGAUACAGUACAUAUAUUAUUGUGUAGCUAUGUUAUUUGAAAGUAAAUUUCUUGGAAAAUCCAUUUGAAAUACGUUUUAAAAUUUUUUAGCUAUUUUCUGUAUGUGUGUGCCGAUUAAAUCUAAUACAGCAUCUACAUUAUAUUUACAAAAACGUAUUAUAUAGUAGUACUGAUGAUUAAGAGUUAAAAAUUAAUAUUGCAUUAAUAUAAUAUAAUUUAUGCUUCACAAUAAAGGCACUGAGCUUAAGGUCCUAUACACUAAAAUUCAUUUUGCUCUCUCAUAGUAUUAUAUUAUUUUAUAUUUUACAAGAUAAUUAACAUCAUACAAUAUGAAAAUAUUAUAAUUAAUAAUAUACGAAACUAUUAUUAAUCUCCUUGCUUUUUUAUAUAAGUGUAAUAACAUUAAGUAAGAUAUUAUGGCUUGUAUAUUUUAUCUUUUUUUACAUAUCGUCUGUGCACAAGAAAAAAACA